UACCACUUGAAUCACUGACCCUUCGCCGAGGCAGUCGAAUCUGAUCCUUGAAGCAGACAAGUCACAGUUCGGGGAGAUUCUUGAAAACACCGCAUUGUCCUUCGUGCGUUCAUCGUACUUAUCCUUCAACCUAGCAUCGUGCGUAUUAUCCUUUGCUUUUGAAAGAGGCACGUUGUUGUUCCUGGAGUGUUGUUUACGUGAAGCUGUUGACGUUUUAUAGCUGGCUAAUUAGUUCGGUUGUUUAACACUUGCAAUUUGCCGCGGUUAAGAAAAUGUCGAUGAAGGUGUCUGUUGUUGGCGUGAGUUUUAUAGUGUGCUUCGCUAUCCUGUUGGUGGUGCCAUCGAUUCAGGCUGAUGAUAAAAACAUCACGCGGCUCCUGAAUAACCAGGUUAUCGUCAGUAGGCAAAUUAUGUGUGUUUUGGAGAAGAGUCCUUGCGAUCAGUUGGGCAGGCAAUUAAAAGCUGCCCUCCCAGAAGUUAUCCUACGUAAUUGCCGGAAUUGUUCACCCCAACAAGCACAGAAUGCCCAAAAGCUUACGAACUUCCUUCAAACCCGAUAUCCAGAUGUUUGGGCCAUGCUUAUCCGAAAAUACAGAGGAGUUUAAAGCGCCAUCCUAAAUCUUAGCCCACAAAAUUUCAUCUGUAUAAAAUAACAAGCAAGUUUGAGGAAAUUAUAAUUGAUUCUCUGAUAAAUCGAAUACAAUAUAUACUACAGCGAAGUACUCAGUUGUAAAUGAUGAAGAAUACAUAAACUAUUACAUGAUAAAUAUAUGAUAAAUAAAGGAUAAAUGACCUAAAUAGUAAAAGGAAUGUAUUAAUGAGGUAUAUAGAUUUGUGUUCAACAUAUCUGUUAAGAUUAUGUAAGAUGCAUAAGUUAACAAUUGAAUUAGAUUUCAAAGGAUUAAUUUCAGUGAAAUUUUGAGAAGUUCAUUUAAAAGAAAUUCAUUUGUAACUAAUUGAAUUGAAUAAAUUUUCUUUGGGAAUAAUCA